UACCUAUUGGAUCAUAGAUAUCUUCACGAAUGGGCCAGGAACGAAUGCAUAUCUUAAAGGACGGCUAUUUUGAUUGUUCCAAUAAGUGGUGUCAAAGUUGAUUGAAUCGUCAAAGUAAUAUUAGUUCAUACAAAGGGGAAGUGGUCCUCGUUCAUUCUUUGGGCUGGACCAUAAUUCCGAUCUUAUGAUGCAAAUUGCAAAUGGGAAGAUGGAGUGUCGUCUUCAACUUUAAGUCGAACAGGGUAGCUCUAAGUUGAAGAAUAUAAAAGAAGAUAGAAGAGAAGAAAUGCUCUUCUCUAAUAUACAAUUUUCAAUAUACUAUCGGACCGAUGAUCAGAGACGGACCCCGUUAUGAAAAUUGUAUGAAAUUCAAAAAUUUUAUGAAGGACCUACAUUUUUUUUUGUGUUGUCCAAUUUUCGUUCAAAAUUUUUGUGAAGGAUCUAUAUAUUUUUUUUUCAAUUUUUUGUUUUUAAUUUGGGACAUCCUCCACCACUCCAAUAAUUAUAGCAACACCCUUUCUUUAUACUACAAGAAUUUUAUUGUUCUAAAUUUACUCAUUUUAAUUUUUAAUUAAAGUAAUUCCUUCUAAUUUGUUUAUAAUUAUAACAAUUGCUAUUAAAAACCUACCCAUCAAUUGGAAUACUGCCUUCCACCCCUCAAUCAUUAGGCCUUGUCCUUUCUUUAUUGCCAAAAUUAAAGAAUACCUAACAAAAAACUUCACUUAUCACCCGAGACCAACCAGAUUCCCUUCUCAAUGUCCUUUUGUUGUUUGUUUCUUUCUCUCACGAUAGCUGAUACCCGAGAGUAAGGAGCAAGGCGGAGACCACUGCCUCAUCGCUCGACCUUGUCCCUGCUGACCUGCCGCAUCGCCGCCACCCCUUCACCGGCGUCCGGCGGUUACUCAUUAAAGCCGGUGAGGCGGCCAUUGCAUUCAAGCUUUGAGGAGGCUACAAAUCAAAAUGUAAUUAAUUCAGAGAUAUUAACCUAAAUUGCAAUUUUUAGGGUUUUUAUUUCCUUUUUUCAUUUUUCACCAAUUUUACUUGUCAAUUUGUGAUUAAUUGGCGAAUUGAAUAGAUUAGUGGUAGAUUGAGAUUUGAUUUUGGCUAAUAUGGUAGAAAAAGAACAAAUUUUUUAAUGAUACGGAUUUAGGCAUACUUUGUUUUGUCCUAAUUUGCUCAUAGCUUAUUUACUAUAUUUGAUAAUUAAGUAUAAUUUUUGGAAUCAUUUGAAUAACCAAUUUAUGAAUGAUUUUUCAGUUGUAUAUAUUAAAAAAGGUUUGAUCUGCAACAUAAGUGAUAAAUGCAUUUUACAAACAUUUAAAAUAUGCAAAAGCCAUCGCGGUUCAUAGUAAACAUGACACUAUGAAGUAAAUUUAAUUUUUUUUAAUUUUUUACUUAAAUAUGUAUUCAUUAAAAAUUUUAUUUAUUACCGAUUUUAUGGGCGACACCCCUCUUCAGACAUUCUGAGUCCGCCACAACCAAUGAUACGAUACGGUUUAGUAGAAGACAUGUGUUUUAGUCGAAUUCGAUCAGCCUGGCUGCCGUGACAGGCAUGCGAUCGAGAAUGACCAGUGGGGGCCGGAGUACGACGCUGAUUGCGAUGAUCGAUCGAGUAGGUGCAAUUGCCACACCAGCCUUAAUUUACUAGCCCUACUAGCUAGCUAGAUGUUGUUGUGGCUAUAAAACAAAAGACGGGCAUGGGUUGGGUUGUAGCAUCAAGUCAGACACAGAAGGCGCUCGCUGCCAUAUUUCCUUGUUGAUCAUUGAUGGGGACACUGGUAGCCGGUUUGCCGCGGUUUGUGGUUCUCCGAUCAAGGAGCGAGAACAGGUACCUGCAUUACCUUUGGAACGACCAGUGGGGGCCGGAGUACUACGGGUUCAUGGGCACGAAGCGGGACCUGGAUCCGGUGAGUCCCUUCGUCAAGCUCGAAGUCGUCCCUUCCACCACAAACCCAUCUUCCUUCAUCCACCUCCGCUGCUCUUACAACAACAAGUUCUUCCGUAUUGUCCAAAGGUAUGGCCUGUGGUUCGUCAGUGCCACGGCGGACAACCCCAACGAGGACACCUCGAGAGUCGGCGAGUGCACGCUCUUCGAGCGCGUGUUCGCCAGCAACCAGGUCAACACCGUGUGGUUCCGUUACGUGGCCAACCAAUGCCGUGUCUUCUGGUUCAACAACACCAACUAUCCGCACGUGUAUCGUCUGGCGAUGGUCUACACCCAAGACGAGCGCUUCACCAACUUUUACGAGUUCGCGCCUUGGGAGUCGUUCGACGACAAGAUGAGGGCCAAACACUACCAGAUCCAGACCCGUGACAUGGAGAUACAGAGGUUGACUGCCCAUGUGGCCGCCAGAGACGAGGAGCUCCGCAACCUGCGCCGCCAGCUCGCUGACAAAGACGAGGUGAUCCUUAACCUUAAAGGCCGGGUGGCGGCUCUCAAGGCCUACGUGGAGAAGAGGAAGGCCAAACUGGAGUAUGGGAUGCUGACUCUGCAGUCCGCCGUCACAUCCGCUUGGGAGUCCUUCCACCUGAACUUGGCCUGUAGAAUCGUACAAAUUACAGGUGGUUUCGAACAGGUACUCAAGCUGCCAGCUGUAUGAUCUCCGCCAGCUCAUCACUUCGUUUAAUUUACUUUUCUCAUGUACCUGCUGAUCAAGAAUAAACCUUUGUAUGUGUAUUUCAGUUUCCUGGGGAUACAGUGAGAUCUGUGCGUAUGUAUUUCUGACCGUUUGGUUCAGGUUGACUACUAUAAUUUUACGGCGGUGUGAAUGAAUAAAUAAAAGCUCAAAUGUAACAAAUUGGUGAAAUGUGAGAUUUGAAAUUGGUAUUUAAGUUUGAAAGUUCAAGAGGAUUAGUAAAAUUAGGAAAUGGGC